UGGAAUGUUACUAAUUUUGUAAAAGUGUUUAUGUUGGGGCUGGAAAUAUUGGAUUAAAGUUCAGUUGUUUUAUUGAAAAGCCAUAAUAUUAUGUACUACCUGCUUUUGAAAAUAAUGAAUUUAAUUUUUUAUUAUAAGAAAUUUCCUGAACUGUCAUGUUUUGGGUUCUACAGUACAGUCAUUCCCUAUUGUGCACCUUCCAGAAUUCACAAGUAAUUUAAAUUACUGAAAAUCCUUUAGGGAAUAAGAUUUAAAUUCAGAAUUGAAUUAAUGAUAAUUUCAGAAUGUAUAACUGUCAGCUUCCUAUUGGAACGCUGCCAUUCAAAACAGAGGGAGAGCACGCACUAUUGUGGAUUGAGGAUGUUCCUGCAUUGUUUCUACUUUUGCUUUGAUGUAUCUGCAUGAGAAUUAGGGAGGGGGGGAAACUCUCAGGGCCAUCUGUUUUAUCCUGUCAGCUAGCAAGGAAAAGGCACCAAAGAACAGCCAGUUAUCAGCUUUUUGGCUGGAAGUUCUCACAACAUCUGGAUGCCAACGGAUUGCUUCCUGAUGGACUGGGGCAGUGGUGGUGAACCUAUGGCACGUGUGCCAGAGGCGGCACUCAGAGCCCUCUCUGUGGGCACGUGCGUCGUUGCCCCAGCAGAGUUCGCCAGAGUAGCAAGCACGUGGCAUUUGGAAGCAACAGGGCAGAAAAUGAGCAAGGGGCGUUGGUUCCCUGGGGAUGCCCCAGAGAUGGCAAGGGACUGCCCCCAGCCACGCUCACCCAGUCUGCCUUGACCACUGCAGCCAUACCCACCCCAUGGGCCACGCCGCCCUCCUGAGGGCACCACAAUGCUGAUGCACCCUUGGCACUUUGCGAUAAAUAAGUGGGUUUGGGGUUGCAGUUUGGGCACUCGGUUUCUAAAAGGUUUGCCAUCACUGGACUGGGGCAUUGGGGUGGGGCUGGAGAAGCACAACUUUUAGCUUAGUCCUUUUAUGCGGAAACUUCAGAUUCUGCCUUUCUUCUCUGUAAUCACUUUCUCUCAGUAAAAGAUCCUUUUUGAAACAAUGCCUGUUUCAAGAGUCGUGUUUUCCUGAGGGGAUAGCUGAGGAAGGACCUUACAUUAACAUUUUUUUCAUUUUACAUAUUUUUAUGGAUGCAUGUAUAUCCAUCUAAACUGAGCAAAAAUAUUUAGUAUGAAAUUGGUAUUGUCCAUGUGUAUUUUUGUUUAAAAAUAUGAAGUUAUUAUUGUAUAAGAGGUUAAUGUAAUUGGAGCCAUUAAGUUUUCAGAACAGUGCAAAUAGGCAUCCAGCAACAGGAUUAACUUUCCCAAUGACUGGGAAAGUAGAAUUUCCUUUUUUAGUGUGUAUCUUUCUUUUCCCUUGCUCACGGUAUAUAUCAGAGGUGUCAAACUUGCAACGUCAUGUGACGUGUCGCGAUGUAUUGCAACUUUUUUUCCAUUGUCGGCAAUGGGAUGGGUGCAAUUUCGCCAUGACAUAUCCGGCCUGUAGGCCGGCAGUUUGACACCCCUGGUAUAUAUGAAAAGAAAUUAUUUUCUAAGUCCAAAAAGAACAAGUAGGCCAGUAAAUUUAAUUCAAGUUCUAUAUUGAGUUACAUAUGCAGUCUACUCCGAUUAAUAAUGAAAAUUUAUUUAAAGCACAACAAUAAUAACAAUAAUGUAAUAAUGAUUAUUUAUGCUGAAAAAACCAUAUUGCAUUUCUGGUACUUGGGCUUCAUCAAAAAGAUGAACAAAACAAGAAUCUUUCAGAUCUUUUAUAUAUCAGCUCUAGAUUCUUCUGGCACCAAAAUUUCAUCAGAGAUACUUCCUCUUCAGAAAUGUGUACUGAACAACAGAACCAGAACUACUUUAAGUCAAGUAAAUAAAUGGAGCAUUGAAUAAUUACUGUGUAAGAUACUUCUGACAUAAUAUGAUGGAAAUAGCUAAUUAAUUAAAUAUGUGUGAUUUUUUUUCUUUGUGCUCCAACACAUGCUAGACUCUUCAGUUGUACCUUAGGUAAAAAUCUAAAUGCUUUUCUUGACAAUGGUAAUUAAUCCAUUGUUUGAUACCCUUAUCUCAUCAAGUUAGAUUUAAUAAUUACAAUGGAUAUUUUUUGAUACUUCAAAGGGUAUCAAAUAUGCUCAAACAUUAAUUUCCAACUUCAUGCUGGAGCAUGUUACUGUAAUCAGUCAUGUUCUGUGUAAAAUCAGUUACUUUUAUACCAUAAAUCAUAAAAUAAGUUGGCAUAUAUUGUUUUAGUCUGUCUUCCUCCCCCCAUUAUGCUUAUGUGUUUUCUUUCUGUGCCAAGAGUAAAUGAAUGAUUCAGUCAAACCUGAUACAGAGAUACCAUCAAAAUUUUCUGUCUUCUGAGGAUACAAUUGGCAACACUUUUAUUGAUUGCUUCUCUGAUUGUACCAUAUAUUGAAUUUUUUAAAAUAUUUUUAUUGAUUUUAAAACAAACAAUAAAAGACAAUAAAAACCAAACUCAGAAAGGAAGAGUAAAGAGGGGAGGGAGAGAGAAUGUGUAGGUAGAAUAGAAAAUGCAAGAGAAAAGAAGAAAGGAAAGAAGAAAAAAUAAAAAGGGAAGAAAAAUAUUUAAAGAGGUGACCUCUGAUUUUCAUCACAAAUACAAACAGACUUGGAACUCUUCACCCCCUGUAAGGUUGUAUGCAGGUAUCUUUCUUCUCAUAACAUGCCUUAUCCAUAUGCCAAUCCAUCAAUCAUUAAUAUUUCAUUCCUGUUAUCAGUAAAAAAAAUCCAUAAAGAUUGCCUAAAAUUUUAUAGAAGCUUAUUUUAACAUUCAUCAAACACACUCACUUUGUACUUAUUUCUUUUGGCUCUAGCAAUCUUGAUCUUUCAUUCAUUCAGAUGUUAAUUUGGAUUUGAUCUCUUAUCAGGAUCUCCAUUCUUGGCCUGGUACCUUGCUGGGUUCCUACCAUCAAAGGGGAAGGAAGGGGGGAGGCAUGUAGGGCAAUACACACCUGUGUAUCUAAUGAUACACACCUAUGUAUCUAAAGGGGAGGGGGAAGUGACAACUGAAGUGUCAACUGUCCAGUUGGUAAAUCCAGAAAAAGAAACUCCUGGUGCAUUAUUUAAUCAAGAGUAUAAACUUUACUUAAUAAACCAUAUUGGCAAUGAUGAAGUGAAACCAGCUCUGGGUUUCCCGUGCAAACGGUAGAAUAGUUGAUCCCCACCUUUCCCUAUGGGUCACCUCCAGUCCAUUAUGUCUACCAAUCACUUCUGUUCAUUUUGUUAUGGGAACUGGCCAGCUGUGCUAGUCCACCUGCUCAAUGUGUCCUUGGGUUGGGCACUCUCUCACAGGAACAGUUGAUACUCAGAUGCAACUGCCCCCACCCUUGCAUUCCAUCCUCCCUCUUUUUUCUUUGUCAAGCUGCGAGGGAAGCAAAAUAUAGGUGAAAGUGCAAAUCAGUUCUGAGAUGGAAAAAAGACCAGAUCACCAAACUGGCUUGUACCAGGAUCUUCAAGGCUAUUUGACAUGAGAAUUGAAUGUUACCAAUUUCACACCCCAGAAUUUCUCAAAACAUCAUACCGGCAUUACAUGGACUUGCCAGGGGACUGGUCAUGGGAAAAGGGAUUGGGAGUUGGAAAGAAUACCUUUGUAUUUUUCACGGGAACACCAGAUUCUGCCUGACUAUGCUGCAACCAGUUUCUUUCAGUAAAAAUUCCUUUGCUUCAAUUAAAUGGAGUCACAAUAGCUCCUUGCAAAGAGACCCCAAAGUAGUAAUUUGCUGUGGGUUUAAAUACUUUGAAACAAAGAAAAGUCAUCAUGCUCUCAAAAGUGAAGGAACCUUUUAAAGACCAGUGGGUUCACUAACCUCAUUUUUGAAUCAUUUCUGAAUCAUUAUCUUAAGGCUAAUAGAGAGCUUCAAACUCACAUGGUGAGUUUAACUUCACUCCACAAUAAAAGAAAAAUUAAUUAUAAGCUUGAGAAUGUUUUAAAAAAUGGCAAAAGGCUAAAUAAGAUUUUAUUUCAAUCAAGUUAUAAACAAGCUAAGGGACAAAACAAAUUUGGAUUUUUUACUAUAGGAUUUUGGAAAUAAUUAUAUAAACAAAUGGCACAAUGUCUAUGGAGAUUCUCCAGCAUGACGAGUGGAGAAUCCACCAAUGGGUUUUCUUCAUCUUCUGCCCGUAGUCUAGUCGUCCAAUUUUGCUUCGCUUCUCCUCUUGGGACAUCCCUUCCCCAGUCUCGACUAGUCUUGAGCCCGAUUAGACUGAAUUCUUGAUUCCUGAAGUGGUUCUUCUUUAAGGUCAUAUAUUUCUGAUAUUUUGGUCAAUCCAAAGGGGGGGGGGAACGGUAAAGAACAAACAGCUGUUCGUUUGAGCCCUUUCUGCUGCCGGAUCGCAGCUCAACCAUGAGGCUGGCCUGAGCCCAGCUGAUUGCCGGACAAACAAGGAACCAGACGCCAAUUUCUGGUCACCAAGUGUGACCCUGAACAAAGGGAGAGACAAUCCCCUUUCCCCCCCCCAACCCAAUCCUCCCACAGGGCUAGCCAGGAUAGCCGAAGCAAUUCAGAAUCCAUUAGCACAGCUGAUCAGCGGGCAAUUAAACCUCCCGCGGACCAUAUGGAAGCCAGAGAGCCAUGUGGGAACAAUAGGACACAUGCGAAUCCAGCUGAUCCGCAGGCGUCCUUUUAAAUGUUCCGGGACUCACACGGAACUGGUGAGCUGCAGAGGAAUAUCAGCUUUCGAAGGCUCUUACCCUAAAUCAGCUAAAGACCUUGAAGGCUCCUGCUGUUUCCAUUGCCUGAAGCCGGGGAUUAGCUGGUCGGUGCCGGGGUUUUAGACUCCGCAGCUCCCUCCCAGAGUUUCCCUGCAGCUCUGUAGCUUCCUUGCAGCUCACACUGACCAUAUUCCACCAAAUACAAGUGCAGUUGUUUUUUCUUGGGCAGCCUCCAGGAAAAUCAGCUGAGGGAGGCACGAGAGAGAUUGAGUUUGGCCAAUAACAACCUCAACUCCACCCAAGUUCAGUCCUUCUUCCUAGCCACAUAGGAAUAAUAAUAAUAAUAAAUAAAUAAUAAUAAUAAUAAAAAAUAAAAAUAAAUAAAAUAAUAAUAUUAUUAAUAAUAGUAAUAAUUGAAGAGCACAAGACAUAGAUCAGCUCACAAUUACCCUGAACCAGACCGGAAUUGUAAAUCAUUCCAGUUAAGAAUGGCAGAUACCAGUACAGUUCAAACAGCGUAGGAACCUGUCACCAUCAGCCCCCCUGCUCAUAAAAAACAGAGAUCAUCCAAGCAGGAGGUGGCUGGGAAGAUCAAGGCCAAGGCAAUAUUGGCCAAAAGGCUUUCCAAAGCAAUGAAUAGGGAGGCUAAGCGACGUCACCAGGCUCUAGAGAGACAAUUCUCUCGAGCCGAAAGGAGGCAAAACUCCACUGAAGAUGAAUUGGAGCCACCCAAUUAUAGGGAGGAGGAAAUUUUUGGCACAAGGAAGCCUAGUCAGGAACCUCUGGAAACAGGCCCAUACGGAACAGGGGAAUGGCUCUCCCCUAAGCGAGAGACCUGGAGAUCUGGGUUCAGAAGCAGGCACCUGUCGCUCAGAUAAUCAUGGAGCAAUGUCUUCAGAACACCUUCAAUCCCUGAUAUCUCAGGCUGUCGCAUAGGCCAUGGCCUCCUCAAGACACCAUUGUUCCAGAACAAGGUCUGUGGCCUCUAGGGAUGGCUGCCGUUUUUCUCAAGAGGAGGCUUCUGUGUACCAAGACUCUAUUUCCUCCUCUAGGUCCUUCAGAGGCAGGAGGUCUCCUGUGGAAGACCAUGAGCUGAUGGAUCAGAGACUGUCCGACGAAGAAGAUGUAUCUCCAGAUCCUCCUCUGUUUGUAGGUCUGUUUAAUCCAUCCUUAUUAAAGACGCUGCUACAUAAGGCCAGCGGCACUGCAAAUAUCGAGAGGCCCCCGAUUCCGCAGAAAGGAACCUCCACCAAUCCCUCAACUACCGGGGAUGCAGCGGAGGCCCUGAAAUCAGAAGACAAGAAGAUGGACCUCAUCUUCUGGAGGGCACACCAGACCUCGGCGUGGGCAAUCAAGGCAGGCAUCACUACGUCCUUUUUCGCCAGGACAUCUCUUCUUUGGCUGUGCCAACUCCAGUUGAGUAUUCCCCCAGUGGAGGAGAAAACUCACCAGAAUUUAAGAAGGUUAGUGGCGGCAGCGGAACUCAUGUCGGAUUCCUCCUUACACGCAACCAAUUUCUCUGCCAGAGGAAUAGCAUACAACACUGGUGCACACAGAUUGCUGUGGCUCAAGCAUUGGAGAGCGGACAUGAAGGCUAAUUGGCAUUUAGCGGCAGCACCCUCUAAGGGCGGCCGACUCUUUGGCAAGGUGCUUGACCCUUAUCUAAUUGAAAAUAAGGACAAAUGCAAGAUCCUGGCCCACCUGACAAAGAGGAUGGAGAGGAGAGCUCCCUCCUAUUCCUGUAGUCCGUCCUUCCGACCUGAUGCAGGCACGGAUCAGGGGGCCUUUUCCCGUCCCUAUCAGCCCAGAUCGGACCGUCAAGGUGAGAGAAACAAUAACAGGGACAGGUUCAGACAACAGGUCCAAGCAAGGCGGCUCUUUCGAGGAGCGGGGGGCGUCCCUACCGCAGAUCCAAGUGAUGGCCCAGGGGGCUCCCCCAUUGGUGCCGGCUAGCCCUUUUUGCUCACAAAUGGCAAGCCACCACCACGGACCUCUGGGUCCUAAAUACCAUCAGAUUCGGCCUUUCUCUAGAAUUCCUCUCAACACCCUCGAACCAGUUCAUUCCUUGCCCAUCUCCAAAAGAUCUGAUCAAGAAGAACCUCACUCGGGAGGCCAUCCAACACCUGGACAUUCAGGCUAUAGAACCGGUAGAAAGAGAUCAAGUGGGGACAAGGAUUCUAUUCCAUCCUAUUCAUAGUCCCAAAGAAUUCAGGGGGGGGGGAUGGGUGGAGAGCAAUACUAGACCUAAAGAGUCUGAACAGACACUUGGAGUACAGAAAAUUCAAAAUGCAAACCCGUCACUCGAUAUUAGCAAGCAUCAGGAAGGGGGACCUUCUGACGUCCAUAGAUCUGACGGAGGCCUACCUUCACAUUCCCAUAUUUCCGGAUCACCGGAAGUUUCUCAGGUUCUACCUCACGGGUCAACACUUCCAAUACAGGGCCCUAUCUUUUGGACUUUCUUCAGCUCCCAGGGUAUUCACAAAGGUAUUGGCAACAAUGGCCGUGCACUUGAGAACAAUUCCUGUGCGCAUCCAAUGCUAUCUGGACGACAUUCUCAUCCAAUCCUCGUCGGUCCAGACAGCACUGUCAGACCUGGCACUGACUCUGAAGACCCUUCAAGACCAUGAGUUCUCAGUAAAUUUUCAAAAGAGUCAGACUGUUCCCUAAACCGUCUUCUUCAUCUGAUGUCAUAGACACAUAAAAAUGCAUGGUCCAUCUCUCUGAGGACCGUCAACGCAGCAUUCAAACCCUGGUCAGGCUCAUCCGAAGGAAAUGAUCCUCAACGCUGGCUACACUCUCACAGUUACUAGGAAAGAUGGUGUCAUGCCUCGCAAUCAUACCUUGAGCAAGGCUACACUCCAGAGAGCUCCAGUGGUUCCUACUUCCGUUUCAAAGAGUGGGGAUAGACUCCUCAAACUGAAGAGUGAAGGAGCCACCAAAGGUCCUGAGGUUGCUCCAGUGGUGGUCCUCCCCAGCGAUGGGGAAGGGACACUUGUUCAGGGAAGCCAACCAAGUCACCCUUACAACGGAUGCCAGCCUAUUCGGCUGGGGAGCGCACCUGCAAUCACAGCUAGCACAGGGUCAAUGGUCAAAGAAAGACCUAAAGCACAACAUAAACUGGCUAGAACUCAGAGCCAUACACCUGGCCCUCCGUCACUUCCGCAGCACAAUGAUGCAUCGUCACGUGCUCAUACUCACGGACAAGGUAGCGGCCAAAGCGCAUGUCAACCGACGAGGCACGCGAUCCAGGGCCCUCAUGACCGAAGCACAAGCACUGGGAAUCUGGGCAGAAAACAACCUAGCCUCCAUCAAGGCCGAGCACAUCUCAGGAGAAGCCAAUCGCCAGGCAGACUUCCUGAGCAAGACAACGAUAGACCACUCAGAGUGGAGCCUGCACCCUGCUCUCUUCAGAAAGGCAGCAGAGAGAUUCAGACAUCCAGUGUUGGACCUGUUUGCCAGUCCAAAGAAUACUCAGCUUCUGAGAUUCUUCUUUCGUUUUCCGACACCAGGAGCAGAGAGAGCGGAUGCACUCCGAAGCCACUGGCCAAAAGGACUGCUGUAUGCAUUCCCACCUGUUUCUCUGAUACAAGCAACCAUCAGGAAGAUAUUGCAGGAACAAGUGGAGGUGAUACUCAUUGCACCGCACUGGCCAAGAUGGCCUUGGUUUGCCAAUCUCGUAAACCUAUCUACAUCUCCACCAUGGAGGAUUCCUCCCUCAACCAGGGGUCCCUGCUACAUCCAGACCCACAGUGGCUCCAAUUGACCACCUGGCGCUUGAGCGGAAUCUCCUAGAGAGAGACAACUUCUUACAAAGAGUCAUUAAGACUCUCCAGGCCUCUAGAAGGCCUAUGACCAAUAGGAUCUAUGAUUCCACUUGGAAAAAUUAUUGCAGUUGGUGCAACAGGCAACAACUAGACCCAUGCAACAUCUCUAUCACAGACAUCUUAGACUACCUAGCGGAAGGUCUGGAUAGGGGGUUAGCACCCAACAUAAUUCGUAAACAGGUGGCCGCCCUAUCAACCAUUCUUACCUAUGGCAACUCUGAAACUCUAGCCAGACACCCAGUAGUGUGAUCCUUUGUAAAGGAUGCAUCUAACAGUAGGCCACCUGUGGUACUCAGAUGCCCCUCCUGGGAUCUACCUAAGGUCCUACAGGCCAUCACCUUACCUCCAUUUGAGCCUGUCCAGACCUGUGACCUACAGUAUCUGACCCUUAAGGUCGCCUUCUUAGUUGCUGUUACCUCAGCAAGACGCAUCUCAGAACUAGCAGCCCUGUCAGUGAGGGAGGAUCUUUGUACCUUCCACACGGACAGGGUGGUGUUAUGUUUGGAUCCCUCUUUCGUUCCAAAGGUCAAUUUUUUAUUCCACAGAACACAGGAGGUGGUGCUACCAAACUUUUGCCCUGAACCGUCCCAUGAACUGGAGCGCAAAUGGCACACCUUAGACGUUCACAGAGUUUUAAAGCAUUACAUCAAGCGAACGGCACCCUUCCGUAAAUCGGAAGCACUGUUUGUCUCCUUCUAUUCUCACACAAGAGGUCAGAGGGUCACUGCAUCCACAAUCGGUAAAUGGAUUAGAAGGUGUAUAGUGGAGGCAUAUAGUCAAGGACUGUCCCUAGAUGAAUCACUGCACAUUCCACGCGCAGUACUGCAACCUCAGCAGCAUGGGCAACUCAGGCUUCGAUUGAGGAAAUAUGUAGAGCGGCAACGUGGAUGUCGCCUUCCCCUUUUAUAAGACACUACAAAUUAGACAGAUUCGCAUCUGCGGAGGCCUCCUUUGGCAGGAGGGUACUCCAGUGCGUAGUAUCAGAGAGUGGGACACAGGCCCAGAUGGCAUCCCACCCACAAAGACAGUGUAGCUUUGGUAUGUCUCAUUGGUGGAUUCUCCAUUUGUCAUGUUGGAGAAGGGGCGUUGGUCUUACCUGAACGCCUUUUCUCAGCAUGACGAUGGAGAAUCCACUCCCACCCUUGAGGCCAGUCAGGUCCUGUGAGGGGAGAGGAUGGAGUCAACACAAGAAAACAUAGCCAAAUAGCUUUCGCCUCAUCGAGAUUGGGGAAGGGAGGUCCCAAGAGGAGAGGUGGAGCAAAAUUGGACCACUAGUCUACAGGCAGAAGACAAAGAAAACCCAUUGGUGGAUUCUCCGUCGUCAUGCUGAGAAAAGUUGUUCAGGUAAGACCAACGCCCCUUCUCAGUCAUCCAAGUCAUGGUUGUCCCAAAAGGUGCUUUUUUCACAAGGUAACUGGACUUUAUUGUUUUCCUUUGAAGAUGUUUUGCUUCUCAUCUUCAGCUCUGACAAGGAGCUAUCCACCUACAAGUGUGCAAUCUCCUGUCCUCUCUUUAUCCAGAGAGAUUCCAUGAGACUUCUUUGCAGCUACAAUGUUAUUUCCACUCAUUCAGAGACAUGCUAGUUCACCAUUCCUCAUCUGGAAAUCCUGGAUAUGCCAUUAAUUGAAAGUAUAAAAUAAAAAACUUGUUUUAGAAACUUGAGGGGUGAAAGUCGAGUUUAAUAACAUCAUACAGUGCUAGUAAUAUGAAGUCCUCCAUAUGUUUUGGACUACAGUUCUCACAAUGUUUUAACUUUGGUCAUGCCUACUGGCUGUAAAGCACACACAUUGCCGAUCAGGCUACAUUUGAAAUGGCAUCUUACUGAAAGUAGGAUGCUUGAUUAUUUAUUUUGGUUUGGUUUGGUUUUGGUGUGGUCAUUGCUGUGGUUUCUGAGACUUGAAACUGUUUGCUUUUGAUA